GUCACACUGGACCUCAAAAUCGACAUUGCGAUGUCGUCGUCAGAGCCGGAUCAGAUGCGGUUCGGCAACAAGCCUAAAACUAGCAGGACCAGCAGCAACAGCAGGGAAAAAACUGUGGGUUCACCAAAAAGUUGUAGGCUUCAUAUAUCAAUGGAACACUUGCAGAUGCAGCAACCAAAUGUGUACAGACGCGCUGCCGGAUCUAAUUGGCUGGCUGCCACUGUCUCGGGCAGCGAUAACAAGGUGCAUGGUGCUAAAGCGGCUGAGGACGGAACUGCACCGGACUCCGAGCAUCUGACCAAAUCUGCACGUACACGCCAGAGGAAGAUGGCCCAACGCAAUCGUUAUUUGGCCAUGGACUGCGAAAUGGUGGGAGUGGGCCACAAUGGGCAGGAGGACAUGCUGGCCCGAGUCUCGAUUGUGAAUAUUGCGGGCCAUGUUCUGCUGGACAAGCACGUAAAGCCGCGCCAGCCGGUUACAGACUAUCGCACCAGCGUCUCGGGCAUACGCCCGCAUGAUAUUGAGAAUGCAGAAGACUUUGCCACCGUCCAGAACGAGGUUGUUAAGAUGAUACACGGCAAAAUUCUCGUCGGCCACGCCCUGCGCAACGAUCUCGCCGUCCUGAACAUAAAGCAUCCUUUCGAACAGAUUCGCGACACUUCGCGCUACAAGCCACUCUGCAAACUCGUCUCCAACGGCCAUACUCCAAGUCUAAAGCGGCUCACCAUGGCCGUGCUCGGCCAGGAAAUCCAAACCGGCGAGCACAACUCCGUAGAAGAUGCCCGGUCUGCAAUGGGCAUUUACAACCGCAUUGCUGCUGACUGGGAGAAGUAUCUGGAGAAGAAACAGCUACAGCAGCAACGCUUCUGAUGCCACUGCUCUCGGGACACGUCCCAUGUGGACUUUAUAAUUUAACAACUUACUGUACAAACGAGUUUCUUUUUAUUGGAAAUAGUUGCCUAAUAUAUAAUAUUUUACAAACUA